AUGAACCGUUCCCAGCUGGACACGUUGCUCUUGGAGCUUCCCUAUGACGAUCUGGGACUUGCACUUGUGCAGUUCAAGGAGCAGCUCAAGCUGAACGAGGAGUCGCCGGCGUUUCUCCAGACAGUGUUCCCCCGUCUAGCAGAGGUACUUGAUAAGCUGGUGGUUCCAGGCCUGGAUAGCUACGUGAGCGACACCAGUAAAAGCAUCCUUGAAAGCUCAUGCGACGUUAUUUGCUGGUUCUACAACACGUUCUACUCUCAUAGUCGCAACGGAGGCACCGAGCUGAUCAGCCCAGAUCUCACUCUUGGACUGCUAUCCUCUUUCUGGACCAGAAUACCAAAUUUCCCGCAAACACAUCCCGACGGAUUGGUGCUAGUUACCUCCACCAUCCAGAUAGUCCUCGAAACAAUUCCGCGCACUAGCUAUGACGACAUUUUCAGCUGGCUCAAGGACGCCGAGCCACCAAAACACUCGAAUGCCGCUGUGGACGAGUUCUUUUUCACUUGUGUGCGAUCGUUCACGGCAAGAGUGGUGCUCGAUGAGCUGGAAACAUUAACCCAACGCGGUCGACGUCUCUCUGGGACGCCAAGAGAGCUUUUAGAUUCCGUUCUCGAGAUGUACGAGCGAUGGAGACCAGCAGAUAGCACAGAAAGAGGGGAGUAUCUUUUGGAUCGCGAGCUGAGCAUCCUCAAGAAGUCUGCCAGCUCAGAGCCAGCCACCGUGAUCCACGACUCUGCGUGCUCUCCGGUCACAGACCCAAAUUGCUACAAGUACUUCCUCCAACUGGAGAGAGCGAAAUAUGAGAAACAAAAAAAUCCGGACUGGGUGCAGAUCUUCGAGUGUUGCAGAGAAGUGGACUCUCCGAAAUCCAGUACCUGUUCCAGCUCUCUAAGCACUGUGGUCUUCGACACGUCUGACUUCCAACGCCUCAAGGAACCUAAAUCACGAUGCAAUGUUUUCCGUAAAUUGUUCAGAGUCACAAAGCCACUAUUCGUUUCCAAGAAAAUUGACUCCAAUCCUCCAACCUCAUGUCAACUAUCUACCUUCUCCACUAUGAGAUACAGGUUUCUAGACUGGUUCUGGAGCUUUUGGUACCCAGUUGACGAGCACGAGGAGAAAAGGUUCCAGAUCUCACAUUCUUUCUCCAAUUAA